ACUUUUUCUUCCUUCUUUUAUCUCCUUCUUCUGUCGCCAUCGUCCUCAUAUCUCUCACUGUUUGAGUUUCAGAGACAAAGAAGUUAACAGUGAACACCCGUAAAUUUCUACUCCAGCUUUCUCAUAGUUUCAGAAGAAAAGCGGGGGAUGGGCCGGGACUGGUACUGGGGUGGUGGGAAAAGAUCCUUCCCUGCCACGAUCGCCGCCACUAACACCUCAAAGAGAGACAGACACACCAGUCAUACGGCUAGUACUUCUUCUGCUUCUGGUUGCAUCAGUACCAUAUUUCACUUCUUCGAUUUCCAGCAUUUUCAGUUCCCUUUACAUCACCAGUCCCCUGCUGCGGCAACCAGUGUUUCUCAAAAGUCGAAUCCCUUCCUACCUCAGGAACUCACCUCUGUCAAAGGAAUAGAGGCACCUAGAAACCGUUUAGAAUCAGAGGAGGAGGAAGAGAUCAGGAGUUCAACUUCAUUGCUUUCAACCAGUAAAGAUGAAAUUUUAAAUAUUCCAUCAAUCAAAACAGGUGGAAAUAUAAGAGCAAAAGUUGAAGCUCCAAACAAUGAUCUUUCUUCCGAAAUCAGCAGUUCUCCGGCCACCAAGACUCCAACUCUGGUUGCCCGACUCAUGGGUCUUGAUCUUCUCCCUGACUGCAGUCACCUGCCGUCGGCGUCGUCCACACCGAAGUCGUUGCACCAUAAUGGCCAAUGUAGAAAAACGCUUCCUACCAAACACAGAAAUUCUCUUGAUGGGGACAUCAGGGGAACCCGCUCCUUGCCGGAGACGCCAAGAUUGUCCGCCGCCAGAAGAUCAGACGUCGACCUUUACCACCGUCUUUCCCUCCAAAUCAACAAAGAGAACAUGAGUCCCAGAGAAGAGUUAGUCCUUUCCCGUCUAGCGUCAUUAAAGAGAAAGGAACAAAAAACCGAAGACGAGAACCGAACUCCAGGCUACUACUCGAGGCAGAUAGUGAAACAGGUGAAAGAAAAUGUUAGCCGGGAAGUCGGAAUGGACAUAGCCAACACAGUCCGGAACAGAGAGGAGCUCGUGACCCAAUUCAAGGCCAAAAAAAUUUCCAACGCUUCAGCCAAGGUAUCCGAGCAAUCAAUGCCCUCUUGCUCGCUCAGGCUCAGGCUACUCGAACCCCAAAGCAAACUGGCCGUCCCCGCUUCCCUGCCUCAAAAACCACCAUCUUUAGAGCCCCAGCCACAAAGUAUUAGACCUUCUCCGCUAAAAUCCAAGUUGCAGCCGGUUCAAGAAGAACAGAGACCCAGUAAGAAAAGCAAGAAAUCCUCCGCAGAAAGGUUCAGUGCACGGCUGAAAAAACUGGUUCAAGAGGAGCCGUUCGUUCGUCCUUCCACUGUUACCACUCCUGACAAGAAAUGCAAGAAGACACCUUUAUCCAACAAUCUCCUAAACAUCUCUGUCCCUACUCUACUUCCGGUCAAGAAAGAUCCCUCUUCUUCUCUAGCAACAAAAUUUUCACAAAAACAGGUUCCAGAGGCUCAAACAUCGACACAGAACUCAUUAGGUAGUCGGUCGAGCCAAACGUACAAAAAACAAGAGACAUAUCCGCACCCUUCCCGAGGCGGCAACGGCGACAGAUGUAACGGUGCUGCUGCUGCAACUUCCGGAGUCGACGGAGCAGAGCAUGAAUACAUCACUAGAAUCCUAAUUCGUACGGGGAUUGACCACGAUACCCAAGUGUCCUUCACUCGGUGGUUCUCACCAUCUCAUCCCCUCGACCCAUCAAUUUUUUAUUACCUCGAACAUUUCACCGUCAUCCCCGCCGCCGUACCCAGUAAAAGUUCCACGUCGUUACAUCAUCGCUGCAACAGGAAGUUGCUGUUUCAUCUGGUGGAUGAGAUUUUAGUCGAAAUUUUGAAAUCCUUUUUCAACACCAAGCCAUGGGUCCGUAAUACUUCAACUCGUACCAUCCGUCACAUGAGAGGAUCAGAGUUGAUAGAGACAUUGUGCUCCAAAAUCAAAUGCUUCCCAAGAGCUGAUUGUAGGGUUCUCGAGGACAUUGACGCCUUAAUCGAGAGGGAUUUUCUGGAAAUGAAGCUACAACAUGCGGUGGCUUACGAGGAGGAAGGGGAAGGCAUUGCGGAAGAGGUAGAGCGGAAGAUUUUGGAGGACCUCGUGCAUGAAAUGGCCGUCGAGUUACGGGGACGAAACGGCGCCGUUUGAGGGAAAGACGACAGAGAGCAGCAGAGUUGUCUCGUGGGUGGUUCACGUGAUGAGAUACAACCAAUGUGGGGUCCGCUUGUGGGGCCCAGACCCUGUCGUCCACACGUGGAGAAAAAGGACUGUCAGCCGGAAGAGGAGGAACACUCGCUUUCUGAUUGGUUCUGAAAAGACACAGGCAAGAGGCCGGGCAAUCCAUUCCUCCUUGUAUAUUUUAAUUUUGUAUUUUGUACUUUGAAGAAAAUAAAUAAAUAAUAUAUGUCUUUCGGGUUUGUUAAGCACUACCUGGUUCUGUAUUGGAAUUGAAGAGUGUAAUAUAUAUACAGUAUACUG